AUGUUGUUGUUGCACUUGUUUGCUUUCGUUUUGAUUUCAUCAACUGCUUCAUUAGCAGCUACAAACAGUAUCGCUCUUUAUUGGGGACAAAAUGUUGCUUCUGGGCAACUUACCUUAAACUCCUACUGUCAAGACCCAGACGUGGAAAUUGUCAUUCUUUCAUCAAUUACCGACUUUACAACUGGAUUUGGAGACUUUAAUGAUAACUGUUUCCGCAACGGCACUACAGGCUACAUGGCUUGUCCCAAUUUUGCUGAAGAUAUUAAAAGUUGUCAAGCCUUAGGAAAAAAGGUUCUUUUAUCAAUUGGUGCUCCAGGUUCCGACAGCCAGUUUGCAAAUACCCAAGAUGCUAUUAACUUUGCUGAUACUUUGUGGAAUAAAUUCGGUGCUGGCAAAAGUGAUGAAAAACCAUUUGGCGAUGCAGUUAUUGAUGGAUUUGAUUUCCAUGUCGCUUCAGGUGGUGAUACAGGAUAUGCUGAAUUAGCACAAGCUUUGAGAUCAAAGUUUGAUUCUUCAAAAAAGUACUACUUGUCAGCCUCACCAACAUGCAAUUAUCCCAACCCACAACUUGGCCUGUUGUUGUCACAAGUUCCUUUGGAUUAUACCUUUAUUCAAUACUAUGAUGGCCAAUGUUCACCAAGCAAUAUCAAUUACGAUACAUGGUCUCAAUUUGCUAACUCCGCACCUAACCCAAAUAUGAAGUUGUACAUUGGUCUUAAUGCUUUUGAAUUAAGUCCAAGCUAUAUAAGAUCUCGUGACUUGCCACCAAUUAUUCAAAGAGUUAAUUGUGAUUCUCAUUUUGCCGGUGUUGCUUUAUGGGAUGCCUCAGGUGCAUUUUUGAGAGAAACAUCGAAUAGCAGAUACAUUGAUAAUGUGAAGCGGGUACUCGAUGAAAACACAUGCUCCCAGCCUUCGUCUUCUAGUACAGCAGCUUCUUCCUCAACUGAAUCUUCAAUUGAACCAUCGUCAUCUACUGAACCAGUGUCAUCUACUGAACCAUCGUCAUCUACUGAACCAUCGUCAUCUACUGAACCAGUGCCAUCAAUUCAACCAUCAUCAUCUACUGAGUCUUCAUCGUCUGCUGUACCAUCGUCAUCAUCAACUGAACAAUCAUCAACUGCUUCAUCCUCAUCAUCAUCUGAGGCAUCAUCGACUACUGCAUCAUCAUCAACUACUGCAUCAUCAUUAACUACUGCAUCAUCAUCGACUACUGCAUCAUCAUCGACUACCCAGCCUUCUUCGACUGAUACAUCUUCAAGUUCAUUAUCUCCUUCUGAGGAGCAAAGUAUUUCUACAAAACCUCCUACCACUGGUUUAACUUCAACUUCGACUAUUGAGAGUAAAACUGUUAUUAUAAUUACUUCUUGCCAUGAAGAUGUCUGCACGCAAGUACCAAUUACUACAGGGGUCACCGUUAUUACCGAAGAAUACACCACCUACACCACUUAUUGCCCAUUAUCAACCGAAGCUACAACUGACAGUGCCAAUAACAAAAACAGUGUUGAAGGUACAGUUGGAACCAGAACGGAAGUAGGUACCACCAUUGUCACCAUCACAUCAUGUGUUAACGACAAGUGUACUCCAGCAGCGGUUACUACUGGAGUUGUAACCAUUACAGAGAACGAUACUGUUUACACUACUUAUUGUUCAUUACCUACAACUGCAACUACAACUACUGGCACUGGCGGCUCAAAUGCAGCCGGUGUUAGCACAACAAAGGCCCACCAGACUUCAAGUGGAAAUGAAGGAAGACAUCAAAGUGCAAAGGAAAGUGGUGCUGCUGCAAAGACCACGGCUGCUGCAAAUGUCAAUGGAACUCCAAAAGAAACAAAGAUUUCUUCCACUACAAUUGCUGCUGCUACUGAGACAAAAAAGACUAACACUGGAGGACAAGCUACUGUUACUAAAGUUAGUGAAGGGGCUCCAGCACCAACUUCGACAACUUUCCAAGUCCAAAGAGAAGGGUCUAGUGAGAGUACUUCUUCAGCUCAUAAAACUGCUGCAGCUCAAUCUACCACAGUGUCUAUUUUUGAAGGCGAUGGUGUUAAAUCGUUCAACAUGGAAAAAUCCCUUUUGACUAUUCCAAUGUUGUGCUUUGGCUUCUUGUUUUAA